AUGAUUGUUCACCAUAUUUGGAAAGUACUAUGCAUACUGCGUUGCCGCAAACCUCCAACGUGCCCUUUCGGAAGAAAACUAGCAACUGUCAAUCUCUAUGACAAUGGAAUCCUAUCCCUAGAGCAGAUUCUUGAAUGUGUUGGAUUCUCCAAGAGAACUUUCUGGCAGAUUCUCAGACCAUGGAGGGAGAACGGUGUGCAGCGCGCCUAG